CCCCCACGUCCCUUCUGCAGCCCAGCUCCGCCCGCAGCCGCCGCGGACCAGACCAGCACCGCCGCCAUGAUGUGCGAGGUGAUGCCCACCAUCAGCGAGGAUGGCCGGCGGGGCUCGGCACUGGGCCCGGACGAGGCUGGCGGCGAGCUGGAGCGCCUCAUGGUCACGAUGCUCACCGAGCGCGAGCGCCUGCUGGAGACGCUGCGCGAAGCGCAGGAUGGGCUUGCUACGGCGCAGUUGCGGCUGCGCGAGCUGGGCCACGAGAAGGACUCUUUGCAGCGCCAGCUCAGCAUCGCGCUGCCCCAGGAGUUUGCGGCUCUGACGAAGGAGCUGAACUUGUGUCGGGAACAGUUACUGGAACGGGAGGAAGAAAUUGCCGAGCUGAAGGCGGAGCGGAACAAUACACGGCUUCUCUUAGAACACCUGGAAUGCCUGGUGUCCAGGCACGAGAGGUCACUGCGCAUGACCGUGGUAAAGCGCCAGGCCCAGUCUCCGGGCGGGGUCUCUUCCGAGGUGGAGGUACUCAAGGCUCUAAAGUCCCUCUUCGAGCACCACAAGGCCCUGGAUGAGAAGGUCCGAGAGCGGCUGCGAAUGGCGCUGGAGCGGGUGGCAGUCCUAGAGGAAGAGCUGGAGCUGAGCAAUCAGGAGACUCUGAACCUUCGAGAGCAGCUGUCUAGGCGCCGGUCGGGGCUAGAGGAGCCCGGCAAGGAUGGGGAUGGGCAGACUCUUGCCAAUGGCCUGGGUCCUGGUGGGGAUUCGAACCGGCGCACGGCGGAGCUGGAGGAGGCCCUGGAGCGGCAGCGGGCAGAGGUGUGCCAGCUGCGGGAGCGCUUGGCGGUGUUGUGCCGCCAGCUGAGUCAGCUGGAGGAGGAGCUGGGCACCGCCCACCGCGAGCUGGGUAAGGCCGAGGAAGCUAACGCCAAGCUCCAGCGCGACCUCAAGGAGGCGCUGGCACAGCGGGAGGAUAUGGAGGAACGGAUCACAACGCUAGAGAAGCGCUAUUUGAGUGCCCAGCGUGAGGCCACCUCUCUGCACGACGCCAACGACAAGUUGGAAAACGAGUUGGCCAGCAAGGAGUCACUGUACCGACAGAGUGAAGAGAAGAGCCGUCAGCUGGCCGAGUGGCUGGACGAUGCCAAGCAGAAGCUGCAGCAGACGCUGCAGAAGGCAGAGACCUUGCCAGAAAUUGAGGCCCAGCUGGCCCAGCGCGUGGCUGCUCUCAAUAAAGCUGAGGAACGUCAUGGGAAUUUUGAGGAGCGGCUUCGGCAGCUGGAGGCCCAGUUGGAGGAGAAGAACCAGGAGCUGCAGCGGGCCCGGCAGCGGGAGAAGAUGAAUGAUGACCACAACAAACGGCUGUCUGAGACAGUGGACAAGUUGCUGAGCGAGUCCAACGAACGACUGCAGCUUCACCUCAAGGAGCGCAUGGGGGCACUGGAGGAGAAGAACUCACUAAGCGAGGAGAUUGCCAACAUGAAGAAGCUUCAGGAUGAGCUGCUGCUCAACAAGGAGCAGCUCCUGGCUGAGAUGGAGCGGAUGCAGAUGGAGAUUGACCAGCUUCGGGGGAGGCCACCGUCGUCCUACUCCAGAUCUCUCCCUGGCAGUGCCCUGGAGCUCCGUUACUCUCAGGCACCCACCUUACCUUCUGGCGCCCACCUGGACCCCUAUGGGGCUGGCAGUGGCCGAGCAAGCAAGAGGGGCCGCUGGUCAGGGGUCAAGGAUGAGCCCUCUAAGAGACAGGAGUGGGAGAGGUCUGCCCCUGCGGGGUCAAUGCCACCUCCAUUCCCUGGCGAGCUGGAUGGCUCAGAUGAAGAGGAGGCCGAGGGGAUGUUUGGAGCUGAGUUGCUGUCCCCCAGCGGGCAGGCUGAUGUUCAGACACUGGCCAUCAUGCUUCAGGAGCAGCUGGAGGCCAUCAACAAAGAGAUCAAGUUAAUCCAAGAGGAGAAGGAGACAACGGAACAAAGGGCAGAAGAGCUGGAGAGCCGGGUGUCAGGCUCUGGCCUGGACUCAUUGGGCCGCUACCGCAGUAGCUGCUCACUGCCCCCCUCCCUCACCACCUCUACCCUCGCCAGCCCCUCCCCUCCCAGCUCUGGCCACUCAACACCCCGUCUGGCACCCCCUAGCCCUGCCCGUGAGGGCACCGACAAAGCUAACCAUGUCCCUAAGGAGGAAGCUGUGGCUCCCCGAGGGGAGGGGCCAGCAAUCCCAGGAGACACCCCACCUCCCACUCCUCGCUCUGCCCGCCUUGAGAGAAUGACGCAAGCCUUGGCACUGCAGGCGGGAUCCCUGGAGGACGGAGGGCCAUCACGGGGAAGUGAGGGCACCCCAGAUUCCCUGCACAAAGCUCCCAAGAAGAAGAGCAUCAAGUCAUCCAUAGGCCGUCUCUUUGGCAAGAAGGAGAAGGGGAGAAUGGGACCACCAGGUCGGGACAGCUCUUCUCUGGCUGGAACACCCUCAGACGAGACACUGGCCACUGACCCUCUGGGGCUAGCCAAGCUGACGGGCCCAGGAGAGAAGGACCGAAGGAACAAGAGGAAGCAUGAACUUCUGGAAGAGGCCUGCCGUCAGGGCCUGCCUUUUGCUGCUUGGGAUGGGCCCACUGUGGUCUCCUGGCUAGAGCUAUGGGUAGGCAUGCCUGCGUGGUAUGUGGCCGCCUGCCGGGCCAAUGUCAAGAGUGGUGCCAUCAUGGCCAACUUGUCAGACACGGAGAUCCAGCGUGAGAUCGGCAUCAGCAACCCACUGCACCGGCUCAAGCUGCGCCUUGCCAUCCAGGAGAUGGUCUCACUCACCUCACCCUCUGCUCCUGCCUCCUCUCGCACCUCCACAGGAAACGUGUGGAUGACACACGAGGAGAUGGAGUCCCUGACCGCGACGACCAAGCCUGAGACCAAGGAGAUCAGCUGGGAGCAGAUCCUGGCAUAUGGCGACAUGAACCACGAAUGGGUGGGGAACGACUGGCUGCCCAGCCUGGGCCUGCCCCAAUACCGCAGCUACUUCAUGGAGUCGUUGGUGGAUGCCCGAAUGUUAGAUCAUCUUAACAAGAAGGAGCUCCGGGGCCAGCUCAAGAUGGUGGACAGCUUUCACAGGGUGAGUCUGCAUUAUGGGAUCAUGUGCCUGAAACGGCUCAACUAUGACCGGAAGGACUUGGAGCGGAGGCGGGAAGAGAGUCAGACCCAGAUCCGGGACGUGAUGGUGUGGUCCAAUGAGCGGGUCAUGGGUUGGGUGUCCGGGCUGGGCCUGAAGGAAUUCGCCACGAACCUCACGGAGAGCGGGGUGCACGGGGCACUGCUCGCCCUGGACGAGACCUUCGACUACUCCGACCUGGCCUUGCUUCUGCAGAUCCCCACGCAGAAUGCGCAGGCCCGGCAGCUCUUGGAGAAGGAAUUCAGCAACCUCAUUUCCUUGGGCACAGACAGGCGGCUGGAUGAGGACAGUGCCAAGUCCUUCAGCCGCUCCCCAUCUUGGCGGAAGAUGUUCCGAGAGAAGGACCUCCGAGGCGUAACCCCAGACUCAGCUGAGAUGUUGCCCCCCAACUUUCGUUCGGCCGCAGCAGGGGCUCUAGGCUCGCCGGGGCUCCCUCUCCGCAAGCUGCAGCCGGAAGGCCAGACUUCUGGGAGUUCCCGGGCAGAUGGCGUUUCUGUCCGGACCUAUUCCUGCUAGUGUAGGCUUCCAGUAUGGUCUCGCCGGGGAGAGUUUACUGGGGAGCUCGCGCCGCGGACUGGACCAUCUGUACAGACGAACGGGGGAUGCUGGUCCCCGCCUCACAAAUGGACUGGGCCUGGACCAAACCACAUGCACUGGACUGAGAGGGGGGAAGAAGAGGGCAGGAAGAAAUCCCGCCCCAAACUUCCGCCUCCCUUUCCUCUACUUUGUAAUUUAUUGAUCAGUUUCCGAUGGGAGAUGGGUGCCCUUCCCCCGCGGGAAGGGGGCGGGGCUUCCCUCCCGGGCCGCAUGCGGGGAGAGGCUGACCCCUCCUCUUUCUUCUCAGUUGCGGGGCCCAAGUCCUCCUUCUUCGUCCGAAAGGAGGGGAGGGAGGACUCGCUGCUAAAAGCCUCGCCCCUUGUGCCACUCAGCCCCGCCCCGCCGCGUCCCGUUGCCGGUGCCUGGGGUCAGCUGCGGGCGGGGUUCCCUCUCUCUCCCCAGUGUCUCGUGUCCCCGAGGCCCCUCCGCCCCCCGUGCUGUGGCCGUGUCCGUGCCCCGGUGGUACGGGGUGCAGAACUGCGCUCCCCGUUCCGCUCCGGCUCCGGGGUUUGCAUGGGAGAACCCUCUUUCCACGAUGCCACUGGGCGACGUGGCGUGGGGGGAGGAAGGACGGUGGGGGAGCCCUCGCCCCCGACUCUUGGUCGGCCUCCCUGCCCCAGGCGUCACUCAGUGAUCACGGGUAAAGAGAACUGUUU